AAGACCAAGUUUUAAAUUAAAUCACAGUAAAACUGGUUCGAACUAGUUUUCUUUAAAAUAAAGCGUUAUUAGUGUCAGGUGUUCUUCAGGGCAGCGUAUUAUGCCCAAAACUAUAUUUUACAUAUAGUGAUGAAGAGUGUUCUCUAACAGCUAAAAAAAGAUUAUGAAAAUGCACUUGUGUAUCGUGUUCAUAUUUUUCGUGAGUGUGUUGUGUAGAGAUUUAACUGAACAUGAACGUAACAUGAGAGCUGCGUUCAUUCAAAAAAUGUUAAAUAAGCAAAAACACUUGGAAAACAAAAUCAAACUUUCGGGUGGAACAGAAUUUGAAGGCAAUGUGUACAUCUAUCACGCUGGAAGAUGGGGAGCAGUAUGCGAUGAUUCGUGGGACAAUGCUGCGGCCCAGGUCAUUUGCCGAACUCUGAAUAGAACCGGUGUGGCCACUCAUGGUGGACAGUUUGGAGAAGCUAUGGAAAAAUUCUGGAUGGAUGAUGUCGUAUGUGAAGGCAAUGAAAUAUCUCUGAAUCAAUGUAUUUUCUCCGGCUGGGGGUCAUCAGACUGUGAGAAGAGUGAGGCAGCAGGUGUUAUAUGUAAAGAAAAAGUGAUAGAAGACGGAACAAAAGAAGGCAAAAUUAAGCCAAGACAUAUACAUGAAGUUAUGGAUGCAAGGGACGCGAGUUUAAGACUAGUUGGUGGACGAAAUAGUUACGAAGGCAGAGUAGAGAUCUACUACAAUAACAGUUGGGGAAGCAUAUGCCCAGAUGGCUGGACAUUAUACGAGGCGGCGGCCGUAUGCCACCACUUGGCACUCGGCUUUGCUGACCAAGCGUUACAGACUGAUUUCUUUGGCAGUUCCCAAAUAAUUCUAAGCGGUGUGGAGUGUGAAGGAAACGAAACAAAUCUGUUUGCAUGCAAACACAGAGAAUUUGGUGACGUAUUAUGUCCUGGUGAAAGAGGUCAUGUCGCAGCAGUGGUGUGUACGCACUAUCUAGCAGACCUGCUCUUGGAUACAAGUGCUAUAGAACGGACCGCACAUUUGCAAGAUGCGCCCAUGUUCCAACUGCAGUGCGCGAUGGAAGAAAAUUGCCUGAGCAAGUCUGCUUAUGAGGUGCAAAAGACGAACCCAAAUUGGCAAUUUGAAACCCGAAGACUUUUACGCUUCACGGCGGCGUCUCUGAACAUCGGAAAUGCUGAAUUCCGACCGUAUUUGCCAAAACAUUUGUGGCAGUGGCAUUUGUGCCAUAUGCAUUAUCAUAGUAUGGAGGUUUUCGCGACGUUCGACAUUCUAGAUGGUUCUGGGAGAAGAAUAGCCGAGGGUCAUAAAGCUUCCUUCUGUUUGGAAGACAAUACUUGCUUACCAGGUGUUCAGAAGAAAUACUCAUGCCUCAACUAUGGCGACCAAGGUGUGUCUGUGAACUGCUCGGAUAUAUAUCAGUAUAACAUCGAUUGCCAAUGGGUGGAUGUAACUGACGUAGAACCAGGCGACUAUACAUUUAAGGUGGCGGUAAAUCCUCACGCGCGUAUAGCAGAACAAAGUUAUCAUAACAACGCCGCUUCGUGUGUACUCCGCCUAACUGACACUUAUGCCGCAGUAUACAAUUGUCGCUUGGGCCGGCCUUAGGCCCUGUUGACAUGGGGCGAUUUAAAAAAAUUACCUGUUUGUAUUUUGUAAUUGCAUUUCCGAUUUUAAUGCGUAUUUGUUGAUAUUG